AUGGCCGACGUUCCUCUCUACGUCGUUUCCGAAUACUCUUCGUCCGAGCGCCGCAUCACUCCGUCAUGGUCCAUCGCGCACUUGAAGACUAAGAUGGAGCCCAUCACGGGUAUCCCUCCAUCGUGUCAGCGGGUCUUCCUGAAGACGUCGUCCAGCGAGAGGAUCCCCGUUGAGGCUAAUGAUGAAGAGGCUGUCUAUCUGCAGAGCUUCCCUCUCAUCCCGUAUGCUGAGCUGCAUAUCGUGGAUACUCGCCCAGCUUCAGCGAAGCCAAACUUCUCAAGUGCCGUUGGGGUUGAGAAAUACGUCAUGCCCGAGGAAGAGUAUGAGAAGAAGUCUGACUCGGUCCUCUCGUGGAAGAAGGAGCAGAAGUUGGGACGUUUUGACCCCAACGCCCCAAGCCAUGAACAGGCCAAGAUCGAGGCGAUUUCCCAGGAGAUCAAAGCCCGCGGUAUUGCGGUGGGCAAGCGAUGCAGGGUUGGCGCGAACGACACUAGAAGAGGAGAAAUCAAGUAUGUGGGCGAAGUCAAGGAGAUCCCGGGCAGCCUUGGCUCGUGGGUUGGCGUCGACCUGGACGAACCUGUGGGCAAAAAUGACGGAAGCAUAGGAGGCACUCGUUACUGGGGAGAAGCCUCCGAACUCAAGCGGGGAGUCUUUGUCAGGCCAGAACGAGUAGAGGUUGGCGACUGGCCAGUCAUGGAUGAUUUAGAGGACAUGGAGGAGAUCUAG